CCUGCGCCAGGACGACUGUUGCGAAACGUGGCGGAGGCGGAGAUCGAGGGGAGAGCAGGCCGCGGGGCUGGAGAGGAGCCUGCGGCCGGGACUGAGCGAUUCAAGGACAUCACCAAACAGAAACCCAGCUCGCGCCUGCCCUGGGACGCCGGACGGAGCCGGGACAAAAUGCCUCCUUCCUGCAGCCCAGGCCCCGCCUGGCUCCCGACUCUUUCUUCUCCCCUCGCACUCGCGGGUGAGGAGCGCAGCCAGGCCCGACCCCUUCCCCGGCCUGGGCCUGCUUCCCCUAAGCGCCGCCAGAGAAACUGGAGUGGCCCCAGGGGAUGAGGCAGCGAGGGGUCUCCCCGAGGGGGGAAAAAUCGCCAGAGUUUCCCAGACCUCCCAGAUCCCCGCCAGCGCCCCCUCCAGAGCCUCCGCCAGCGGGCGGGAGGGGGCUCCUGGCAGGGGCGGAGAUUUCCUGGGGAAAGACAGGCAGGAAAGAAUAAGGCUUGGGGCUACCAGAGGAGGAUCAGGAAGGGGCCAGUGGCUGCGGAGCCCCUGGCCGCAGGCUGUGAAGGUUGCCCAGGCGCCUGCCCUGCCCAUCCCCCACCCCACCUCAGCCAGGUCCUUUCCAAGCCUUCAAAUAGCCUAGAAAUUGCUCUCCAGUGAAACUUGUGGAUCCAGGUCCCUGGGACCCUGGUCCAGAGGCCUCUCCCCAAAGGGCACAAAACAAGCCUUUUCCUCUGCCCUGCUCUGCUUAAUAUUUGUGGAGGCUUGAGUCUUGCUUCUGCAGGCCUCCAGUUAAUGUCUCUUUCCUAUUCAAAAUCUAGGCUUGGGUCCCACGUGUGCCACAGGCACCACACAAGGGCCACGCAGGGCACGCGAGCGCUCUUCCAGCGAACGUGCCUGGUUCUUUACCCCCCCACGCCCCCACACACAUUUGAAAACUGCCUUGUUGUCACUCUGAAGCCCCUGGCAUGGUGAGGAGAUCUAUUUAACUCUAGGAGGGAGUGGGGGACCAGCGAGGGUCCUCACCUCCAGACAUCUCAGAGUCAACACUCUCAGCCUCAUGACCCCCCCCAAUCGAGCUCUGCCCCCCCAGAACCCCUCCUCCUGAGCCUCUUUUCUACCUCUCCAGAGGCUGGGUUCACUCUCCCUGACUGACAGGCACCUCCUGAUCAGCAGCAAGGCCUUGGGGCCUCCGAAAAGAAGGGACCUAGAGACCCUUGGCUUAGAGAAUCUGAGGUGAACCCACACCUUUUCCAACCAGGGCAGGGACCUUAUCCUACCAAAAUCCCCUGCCCUCAGCCAGUUUUUGGAGAGUGGAAGGCCCUGGGGGUAGGGAAAGUGGGGCUCUCCGUUACCAAAAUCCCCUCUGUGAGCCCGAAAGGACGCCUCCUCUUUCCUUAAAAUUAACUGCAGCUGAAAAGCCCAUUGCAGGGCCCUGGUGCAGCAGCAACCAGCUUCUCCUCUACAGGGCCGAGCCCGGCGGCGAGCCUGCGCGCCAGGCUGCAAUUCCUACAAACAGACACCAGGUGUCGCUGUGGGCUCGUUGUCCCGGCUACCCCCCAAUACCAAGAACCAUUUUUUUUUCUUCUCCCCCUUCCCUCUCUUUCUCUCUCUCUCCCUCUCCCCCUUGGUUGGGCUUUGCCAACAUAUCAAGAUACGUUUCGCCGGCUUCCAUCACUAACCUCCCGGAGGUCAUCAAGCCAAAUUUAUGAGUGGCCGCUCGAGUCACGUGACUCUAUUUAAGGCUCCCUUAUUUGGGAAGAGCGCAUAGGAUAAAGAAAGAGAUAUCUCCACCUAUAAAUUGUGCACUUUGGAGAACAAAAAACCCCUCAACUUCAAAGAGUCACAAAUCACCCUUAAUCAAAAAGGGUGCAGAAAUUUUUUUUGGGCCCUCCCCGCCAUGAGCUCCUACGUAGCCAAUUCAUUCUAUAAGCAGAGCCCCAAUAUCCCUGCCUAUAACAUGCAAACUUGUGGGAACUAUGGAUCGGCCUCAGAGGUGCAGGCAUCCAGGUACUGCUACGGCGGAUUGGACUUAAGCAUCACUUUCCCACCGCCUGCGCCUUCCAACUCUCUCCACGGGGUAGACAUGGCUGCCAACCCCCGGGCUCACCCCGACCGCCCCGCCUGCAGCGCCGCGGCCGCUCCGGGACACGCUCUGGGCAGAGACGAAGCGGCUCCUCUGAACCCCGGGAUGUACAGUCAGAAGGCGGCUCGCCCAGCGCUGGAGGAGCGAGCUAAGAGCAGUGGGGAGAUCAAAGAGGAGCAGGCGCAGACAGGGCAGCCCGCCGGACUGAGCCAGCCACCGGCCCCGCCACAGAUUUACCCGUGGAUGACCAAACUGCACAUGAGCCACGAGACCGACGGCAAGCGGUCCCGAACCAGCUACACGCGCUACCAGACCCUGGAGCUGGAGAAGGAAUUCCACUUUAACCGCUACCUCACCCGCCGCCGGCGCAUAGAGAUCGCCAACAACUUGUGUCUCAACGAGAGACAGAUCAAGAUCUGGUUCCAGAACCGCAGGAUGAAGUGGAAGAAAGAUUCCAAAAUGAAAAGCAAAGAGGCUCUCUAGAGGCCGGCCCGGGGCCGCGCCCGA